AUGUUCUCCAAGCUCUUCAUUGCUUCCGCCGCCCUCAGCUUCGCCGACCCCUCCCACGCGAGUCCCGUCCCCGACGAGCUUGGUCCCUCGGUCCUGCCCCCACAGCAGCUCAACGGCCUGCUUGGCGUCGCGAUCAGCGACCUGAAUGUCAUCGUCGGCGUCAGCUGUGUUCCGAUCAGCGUAAUUGGUGUCGAAACUGGCAGCACCUAG